CGGAAACCGUCAAAUUUUUAAGGAAAACAUUUUCUCCUGUAUUGAGGAAAAUGGUUUCCAUUGGAAAAUAUUUUCCAAGAUAUUUAGUACAACCAAACAAGAGAGAAUAGGAAAACAUUUUCUGUCAUACCAAACAUUUUCUCCUCUUCUUCUUUUUUUUAGCCCCAAUAGUUUCACUAAGUGUGCAAAAUCCACAAAGAAAAAUGAACUCCAGAACUGAUAAACUCGUUAGAAGGACAACGAUGGUGGCUACUGUUACUGCUUCUUAUUUCCUUCUUACUGCUGAUUAUGGCCCUGAACCAAAUGUUCGUGACCCGAUUAAAAAUGCAAUACAGUCAGCAGAACAUUCUCUCAAAGAGUCGAUCUUUAGACCAAAGAAGGGUGUUCAAGAACACGAGGCUGAGAAACAGGCUCCUAGCUCUUUGGAGAAACAUCAAAAGUCCGGCAGCUAACUAGUUUUCCUCGCCCAAGCAUGUAAAGUGUAGGACUACAACUUAACCAACAUCUGGAACUCUAUCUACUUCCUUUUCUGAACGCUUUUUCUUCUAAAGGUGAAUGUGAAUAUUAGGAUUCGCCUCCUUUAAGCGUGUUAUCAAUGCUGUAAAUGUUAUCCAUACCGGAGCAUGUUUAUUUUGAUAUCCAGGGAUCUGUUAUCAGUUGAAUGAAUUAAAAUUUUCGUCUAUAUGCUGACAAGCUCAACCUCAAACUGUUGCUCUCAUGAGUUGCCUCUUUCAGAAAAGUUCACUUUAAAAGGGUGAAAGACUACUAAUGUCUAAUCGAGGCGCAGUUUCCAUUUAGGGGUGUACAACAGGUGCUGAUUAAAUUUCAUCAAUUAUGUGCAUUGCCAUCUUGGACGGAUUGCUUCUGUAGUGCGACAACGAAGGAUAGAGACAUCAUAAGUGGUUGUGAAUAUUGAAUUCUAGUAAAGAAAGACAUUUUUGGCCAAUCUCAGAGCAAGACUGGAAAUAUGUCUUAUAGCAGACCAUUCAUGAUGUUUCUGUAAUGAGCAUUUUUGUAUCACAACUUUGGGUAAACCUGUUUUCGGGGCUUUGGUUUAGAGGGUGUUUGGAUUA